AUGGCUUCCUCGCCUUCUUCCCCCACCACCGCGCCGCCAGAGCCGGUGAUCCCGCCGUCCCCAUGGACCAUCACAGACGGCACCAUCUCCGGCACGCUACCAGCAGCCGAGGCCUUCGCCGUGCACUACCCGGGCUACCCCUCCUCCCCCGCCCGCGCCGCCCGCACCCUCGGCGGUCUCCCCGGCAUCGCCAAGGCACUAGUCCCGGAAAUCCUAACCCUUCUCCAGUUCCAGCUGGCGGUCCGGAGCUCCGAUCCCGGCGCCCGCCUCGAGCUCCGCUUCCGCCCCGAGGACCCCUACUGCCAUCCAGCCUUCGGGCAGUCCCGCGCCUCCACUGGCCUUCUGCUGCGCCUCUCCAAGCGCAAGGGAGCUGCGGCACCUUGCGCCGAGGUGGUCGCUCGUGUCCGGACUGCUUACCACUUCGAAGGUAUGGCAGACUUUCAACAUGUUGUUCCAGUGCAUGCUGCACAAACGAGAAAAAGAAAACGUUCAGAUUCUCAAAAUGAUAAUGAAAAUUUAAGUAGCGAUAAGACAGGACAUCAUGAAGCAGAUGGAGAUGUCAUGAUGUUGGUGCCCCCACUCUUCUCAGUGAAGGAUAGACCAACAAAGAUAGCGCUUCUACCAUCGUCCAAUGCCCUAUCUAAAACCAUGCACAGGGGAGUCGUACAAGAACGGUGGGAGGAAAAUCAAAUGCAACUAAAAGAGGUAAUAAAUCAGAAAUGGGACAAAGAGAACCUCUAUUUGUGGAAAGGCUUCUGUUUAGAGCUGGAUACUACUUCUCUACUGGACCCUUUGGAAAAUUCUGGAUCAGAAGAGGAUAUGACCCUCGUAAAGAUUCUGAGUCACGAAUGCAACAUAUUUACUAACAGAAAAGCAAUAAAACUGCGAAAUCUGGUGUUGAGCAUUGACAGGUCUCAAAAGUGGGCAGAUAUGUGCAAGCUUGAAGCAAUGCCAUCACAGAGUUUCAUCUUCCUGCAAUUAUAUGAACUGAAAGAUGACUUUAUUCAAGCAGAAAUUCGAAAACCUUCUUAUCAAUCAGUUUGUUCACGCUCUACAGGUUGGUUUUCUAAGCCAAUGAUCAAAACCCUGAGGUUGCAAGUGAGCAUAAGGUUCCUCUCUUUAUUGCAUAAUGAAGAGGCUAAAAACUUGUUGAGGAAUGCCCAUGAACUUAUUGAAAGGUCCAAGAAGCAGGAAGCCCUUUCGAGAUCUGAGCGGUCAAGAGAAGAUAAUGAUGCUGAUGAAGUUCUUGCCACACAAACUGGAACUGAGGAUCAAGUUGGCCCUAACAACUCUGAUAGUGAAGAUGUGGAUGAUGACGAAGAGGAAGAGGAAUUGGAUGGUUAUGAUUCUCCACCUAUGGCAGAGGAUAUUCAUGAUUUCACCUUAGGUGAUUCCUAUACAUUUGGUGAAGGGUUCUCGAAUGGAUACCUCGAAGAAAUACUGCACAGCUUGCCAUUGCAGGAAGAUGGCCAAAACAAAUCAGGUGAUGCUCCUAUCAACGCUGAUGCAAGUGAUGGGGAGUUCGAAAUUUACGAACAGCCCAGCGAUGAUGAAGAUUCUGAUGGUUAG